GCGAUCGCCGCAUUUGACCAGUACGUUGCGCAAGCGAAGAAGAGCCUCGAUCAGCGAAGGGCCGAAACCAUCGAGCUGUUGAAGCAGCCAGCAGGUGAACUGGUUGUCUCUGCCACCAAUUUUCACCUCGAGACCAUCAAGCGAAAGGAAUCGACCAUCGAGGAACAGGCUUCGACCAUCAAGCAGCAGGCUUCGAUCAUCGACCGGCUGAGACAGCCCAGCACUUUUCUCUGGAACAUCUCGGGUCAAGACUUCUCAGCGAUUCAAUAUAACGACUUCGUGGAGAGUCCCCAGUUCGGUCUUUUGCUCGACAGUGGCUUUUGGUUUACGUACUUUCCGAAAGGGGUGCGUGGUACCAACAACGAUGGGUGGGCAUCGGUCUACUUGAAGCACGACAGGAAAUGCCGCGUAUCGGGGACUCUCACCACGGACUUCGUUACGAAGAAAAUCCUAGCGGGGACUGCCACCGCGGAGUCCGUUACGAAGACAAUUGAAGGGUAUGGAGAUUCAUGGGGUUUCGACCGUUUCGCACAGUCACCGAACCUCCAGGCCAUCAGUGUGAACAUCACGGAGUCGGAUUGUUAG